AUGGAUUCAGCAGAGUCGAUGCGCGCAGCUUCUCAACCUGCCGCUGGUUGGAUGAAAUUUGAGCCUCAGUACGGGAACACUGGGGAGGAGCAACGCGCCGCCGCCCCGGCGUUGCAGCAGCAGCAGCAGCAGCAGCACUGUGGCACCAGCGGGUCGCAUUGGAAAGCGGAUGAUGCUCACCAGCAGCCGGCUGAGACAGUGACUCAGAUUAGCCUCCCCAUUUGCUGGAUGCAGCAGCAGCAGCAACCAUCUGAGCUGCGUAGGCAUCAACAACAUGAAGCCGAUGGAUUCAAAUGGAAGAAGACGUCUCACAAGCGGAUAGCGGGUCAGCCUGUGAAGAGGCUCUACUUCGUUUGCUCGUCAAAGGAUGUCACGGGCUGCCCGGCAAAAAAAGUUGAGGAUCGAGUGGCCGGCGAGGCUCGUCACCCGCGCCGAUCCAGGCUGAAAGGCGCCGUCUCAGAAGCCACAGCCGUCUCAAAAACUACAGCUGUUUCAAAAGCUGCAGCCACGGCAAAAGCUCCCGCUACAGCCAGUGCUGCAGCAUCCUCAGCAGCUUGCAAUUCUGCAGCUACAGCCAACCUUGUUGCUACAAUAAGAGAGGCUGCAGCAGGGCGGGCAGAAGAAGACGACACAGGGUCGGGCAAGACGGAGAUGCGUGUGGUGGUGCGGGUGGCAUAUUUUGGCUCACACAACCACCCGCCGCCCGAUCCUGUACCUCCCAAGGCGUUUGCCGCAAGGCUUCCUGCUGCCAGCGGCCUUUCCACUCAAGCAGGCCCCUCUUCUGCUACAGCCUUGGCCUCUGCUACAGCCUUGGCCUCUGCUACAGCCUUGGCCCCUGCUACGGCCUUCGUCUCUACUACAGCCUAUGCCCCCGCUACAACCUUUUCUUCUACCACAGCCUUUGCCUCUCCUACAGCCUUCUCCUCUGUUACAGCCUUCUCCUCUGCUUCAGCCUGCACUCGCAAUACAAGCACCCUCCCUGCAACGACUGGUCUGUCGGGAACCGCCAACGCAGCAGCAGAGCAGGCAGGCCUCAGAGCAACCCAAACUCCAUCGCCACCCACUUGCUCUGCUACACCCUUCUCGCCAGCUACAGCCUGGACUCCCAUUACAAGGCCCCUCCUUGCAACAACCGGCCUGUCAGGUACCCCCAGCGCAACAGCAGAGCAGACAGCCAUCAGCGCAACCCAAACUCCAUCGCUACCCUUCCUCUCUGCACACCCCCCUCCAACCCAUUAUCCUUUCUCGCAUUCUCCCUCGGCACGUGUUCAAGCCAUCCCUGCGUGUUUUGAUUCGGCCCAAGCUGCUCUAUGCUUCCCGUUCAGCCCCCCACGGGCACCUUCAAGCCAGGUGGUGCAAUCGCGUGAAGCUCCCGCUGCCGCAUCAAAUGCUCUUGUCCCUGUGCCUCCAAUGGGGCCUCUUGACCCCCCUGCUACAGGGCCUCCUGCUCCUGCUACAGCUCCCGCUCCUACAAUAGUCUCUCGCGCCCCUGCGACUACAGUGUCUUCAGCUCCUGCUACAGUGUCUUCAGCUCCUGAUACAGUGCCUCCUGUUUCUGCUACAGUUUCCGCUCCUGUUGUAGCCUCUCUUGCUUCUGCCAAAGCGCAUCCUCCUCCUGCUGCAGCCUCUCCUACUCAUGCUGCAGCUGUCUACCAUACCCUCCACGCUCCUCUCUAUGAUUCUCCUCUCAUGUCGUGCUCACCCACCGGCUUUCAAGCCUCCUUCCCCUCGCUCCAUCACCCCCCUCCUCUCCCUCCUCCCUUCACCCGUUUCUCCACCACUCACCCGCCCUUUCUUCCUCCUCUCCCUCCUGUGCAUUCUAUCGACAACAGCAGCAGCGCUUGCAUUAACAGUAGCCGUGCUUGCCCUUACUUCGACAUCAAUUCACUGUAG